AUGUACUCGCUUUGGGAUAAAUUAAAAUGUAAAUUUCUCACUUUAAUAGAAAGGCAAAAAAAAGAUCGUAAAGACAAGAGAACAAUAAUGUUAUAAAACUUCCUAAUAAAAGAAUUAAAUAAUAAUCAUAAAAUAGAUGAUCAUAAAAUAUAGAAUUUAGUUUUUGUUCGUGAUGUAUAACUUAAUAUAGGAUCUAUUUUAUGUGAGCAAUGCUUUUUAUAAACAAAACAUAAUAUCAAUUACCAAUACUCUUUAGAUUUAAUUAAAAUCUUAGAAGAUGUUUUCUAAUUUUUAGAUUAAAUUUUGUCUUGUUUUUAAAAUGAUUUGUAAUUUUAAGAAGAAAAGCCCUAUCAUUAACUUAGAAUCUUUUAUCUAAUGAAAGAAGCCUUUGAUUAUAAAUCAUUAAAAAAAGAUAAUCUGUGGAAAAUUAAUAUCUGUAUUUUAGAAAUCGAAUCCCAUUUAUUCUUUAGCACUUAGUAUGCUUUAAAUCAUUUUGGAAAAGAUCACUACUAAAACAUUAACAAAGCUUAUAUAAAUAAAUUUAUCUAAAAUAUUAAGACAUCAUAAAUAAAAAUAAAUCCAUAUAGAUAAUAUAUUAAUUUACUACCAAAAGUCAUUAAUUUAAAGAAAUUUCACCCAUAAUCAGAUUUUAUAUACUAAAAUACAAUUUCUCAGAAUUUUAUUGCAAUUUUAAUGUCUUAUUAAAUUAUAAUAUAUAAUAUCAGAACUGAUGUUAAAUUUGACAUCAUUAAGGUAGAUUAUGUAAAUAAUAAUGUAUAAUUUUUCUAAUUUACAAAAGAUGAAAAUUAUUUGAUACUUGCAUAUAAUAAGCCUAAUUGUUAAUUAGUGUAUAAUAUGAAGGAAAAAACAACAUCAAUUAUUUUAGAUUAAUAAAUUUCUUUUAUUGAAUGCAUCUAAUAUAAUAAUUAAAAUUGUUUAUUGCUUUAUGAUUAAAAUUUAAGAACUAUUAAAUAUUUAGAAUUAUAAUCAUUAGUUCAUAAAGAUUUUAAAAUUUAUAAAUUAUUUUCUAAUGAAAUUAAAUUUAUUGAAGGGUUCACAUUUUAUGAUUAGAUUGAAAAAAAGUGGAAAAACAUAAUGAAAAAUUCUCAUGGAAGUAUAAUUACCUAAAAGGUAUAAAUAACUAAAAAAUUUAAACUUUAAUUUUCAAAAGGGUCUAGAAUGAAUUUUUUAUAUUAUGAGUUGAUAUCAAAUUCAAAAAAAAAGAUAAGAAGAAUUUAUUCUACAGAAUAAAAUCAACAAUAUUCUUACUUUUUAUCAUAAGAUGAAAGAUUCGUAAUAUCUUCUUCAUUGUCUUUUUAUGAAAUUUCAACUGGUAAAAUUACAUUUGAGUUUAGAAUGAGUGAAAUUGAAGAAGUUUAAGAUAUAUAAGUAGAAGAUAAAAAGAUAAAAGUUUUUUCUUGGAAUAAUCUAUACAUAUACGAUAGAAUAAAUUGA